UCCCAAAGAAGCUCCAGGAUGCGAGGUGUGUUCCUGACCUCCACUUGGUUGCUCUGCAGCAUAUUGCUACUUCCUUACCUCGCAAACGGCGAGGGAUUCAUGGAGGAGCCUGAUCUGGAGUAUCCCCUGUUCGACUAUGGAAACAUCCGCCUGCCGACGCCCUCCCGAGGCUUGUUGUAUCCGCGGGAAUCGGCCACCAGAGAGGUGCGCAGUCUGGACGGAAUGUGGCGCCUAGUCCGGAGUGAAGCGUCCGAUCCGUUUCAGGGCAUACGGGAAAAGUGGUACGAGAAUAGUUUGCGGAAGACGGGCAGGAACGUCUUGGCGAUGCCCGUGCCAGCUUCUUAUAAUGAUAUCACCACGGAUGACUUGAGGGACCAUGUGGGCACAGUGUGGUACGAGCGCACUUUCUUUGUGCCGCGCCUCUGGAAGGGAACCCAACGUACCUGGCUGAGAUUCGGCAGUGUACACUACUCGGCUCUGGUGUGGAUUAAUGGAAGAAAUGCCACCCAUCACUCAAUUGGCCACCUGCCCUUCGAGGCCGACAUAUCCAGUCUUCUUAACUUUGGUGGAGAAAACAGGAUCACCGUGAUGUGUGACAAUCGUUUGGGGAAUAGAACAAUUCCCCAGGGAUCGGUAAACAAUGUGAAAACGGACAACGGCUCCGUGCCGAUUCAGAGCUAUACCUUCGACUUCUUCAACUACGCAGGGAUUCACAGGAGCGUCCAUCUCUAUACGACACCUAUAGUUUAUAUAUCCGACCUGCAGGUCAGCUCCCAACUAACCUCAGAAGGUUUGGGUCGAAUUGACUAUCGGAUAUGGAUAGAUGGCAUCCAGGAAAGCCAUAUGGGGGUUAAUCUAUCACAUAUUCAUGUUCAGUUAAGGGACAGAGAAGACCAGGUGGCGGCUCAGCAGAUAAACAAAGGAAUCUACCACGGCACUCUGUUGGUGCCAGACCCUCAUCCUUGGUGGCCUUACCUCAUGCAUCCUGAUCCUGGCUACCUAUACGACCUUCAAUUUGAGCUGUUCGUUGAGACUAAUGAGGGGGAGGCAAAAGUUAUGCAAGAUUCCUAUCGGCUUCCUGUAGGAAUACGCAAUCUGAAGUGGAACAACGAGAGCUUGCUAUUAAAUGGAGUGCCCCUCUAUCUGCGAGGAUUUGGACGCCACGAGGAUGCCGAUAUCCGUGGAAAAGGCCUGGAUAAUGCCCUUCUUGCUAGGGACUUUAACCUGAUUAAGUGGAUAGGUGCUAAUGCCUAUCGCACCUCGCACUAUCCCUAUUCCGAGGAGUCCAUGCAGUUCGCCGAUGAACACGGCAUUAUGAUAAUCGAUGAAUGUCCCGGGGUGAAUAUUGAUAUCUUUGAGCCGCAGCUGCUGGAGAACCACAUGUCCUCCUUAGAGCAGCUCAUCCAUAGGGACAGGAAUCACCCUAGCGUCAUUGCCUGGUCGGUGGCCAACGAACCGAGAUCUUACAAGCCGGGAGCUUUAAAAUACUUUAAAUCCUUGGUUAAUUACACUCGCGGCAUAGCACAUGGUCGUCCACUGACAGCAGCAAUCAAUGCCAAUCCCAGCACUUGUCAUUUAACCCAGUUCUUGGACAUUGUGGGCUUUAAUCGGUAUAACUCUUGGUAUCAGAAUACCGGACGAACUGACAUGAUAGUUAAUCUUCUCACUGAUGAGGCGCAAAAAUGGCGGAAAACCUACGGAAAGCCUGUAAUUCAAUUCGAAUAUGGAGGAGACACCAUGGAGGGCAUGCACUCUCUUCCAGCCUUUGUUUGGUCGGAGGAGUACCAAGUGGAACUAUUCUCACGCCACUUCAUUGCCUUUGAUAAACUUCGGGCUGAGAAAUGGUUCAUUGGGGAGUUUGUGUGGAAUUUCGCUGACUUUCGAACAGCUCAAACUAUAACCCGUGUAGGAGGCAAUAAGAAGGGCGUAUUUACCAGGAACCGGCAGCCGAAGGAAGUCGCUUUUCUUCUUCGAAGACGUUACUUCGCCCUUGCCCAGGAGCUGCAUCAAUGCCAGCUGCCUGAGGAUCUCACUGUGUAUAUAUCGAAAAAAGUAAUCAGACAUCAAGAGCUUUAAAAAUGUGAGAAUUUCCAAUAGU